CCAAGGCAGUCCAGCUAGAGGCCAUAUUGGAAUAUAUGAAGUCGGCUUGCACUUUGAUGGAACUGAGUAUCUGUCGUUUUUGGAGUCUCUGAAUCGCUAUCCCGGAUUAAUACCCUAGUGAUUGCGCCUGGCAUUCCACUCGAGACCCUGCCAAGUGUGGACGGCAAGUUGUCUCGCUUCUUCUGUGGACAAAAAUGAGUCCAACCGAUGCUAAACGAGGGGCUAAACGAAGGAAGAACAAGCGGGGCGGUGGCAGUAGUUGCAGUGCUGUCUGCAACACCAGUGGUGGCAAGGCCGGGGUUGCCUCGGCCCUUGGCUGUGCGGGAACAGCAACACCUGCCUCCGUCGUCAGCUUUCUAACAUCUGGCAGCACAGGCAGCGGGAAUAUCGGCUCCAUCACGGGCCUCAACGGAGAGGUCAAAGUCAACAACAGUGUUACACCACAGUUUACAGAAGGACCAGUGAAUGCUGACUUCUCCGGGGUCCUUCAGACCCCAUUCACGUUCGGCUUGAACCAACGGGCUCCCUACACGGCCGGCGAUCGCUGCCUCUUGUGCCGAUGUGAGCGGAAAGACAGCGCGGUGCCUUCAGAGGCGGGGAUCCUCGGCCAGAAUGGAACGGCUCAGCCCAACAAAACACCCAGUGCCCUCCAGCUGCCUCUGUGGGUGUGCUCCGACUGCAGGCGCACAGUGGAGAAGGAGGACAGGCACACUGCUCUGGAGCAGUCGUUGGGGAGCCAGGACUUCCUUUUACACAUGCCUGUGGGAAACGGUAACCUGGGCCAGGAGGCGGCCCCGGGGGACAGACUGACAACUGCUGUGCCUACACUACCCAUGCUCCCCGCUCCGGACCUCACCGCACCCAUGCCUGCUGACACAGUUUGCAGCUGUGAAGCCUGCAAUGAGAGACGGGAGAUUUCAGCAGAAUCGGAGAGGGAGUCACAGCAGCUACAGAACCACUGGUCGGAGGUUCGAUACCUGGUGCGCUGUAUCUACCGUCAGACAGGAACACCGUUGGCAGAUGACCAUGACCAGCCUCUAGAGAGAGACAAGGAGGGCAUGAAGGAGCUGGUGGAUAGACUCUGUGAGAAGGACCCGUACCAGCUGUAUCAACGGUUGGAGCAGCAGGCGCGUGAAUACGUCCUGGAGAUGAAGGUGCGGCUACUGAAACACCUAUCUUCAGGACCCAAGACCACAGGACCAGCAGGGAACGUGGCGGCAGCCCUGGGUCCUCCUCAGGCCUACCAGUUCAUCUCCAUGCUGAUGGAGGAGUACCACGCCCUCUGUCAGGCUGCUCGCACCAUCAGCAGCUUUCUGCUCACCCUGGAAAAUGAACACCUUCAGAAGUUCCAGGUGACGUGGGAGCUGCACAACAAGCACCUUUUUGAGAAUCUAGUGUUCUCAGAACCCAUCUUGCACAGCAGUUUACCUGCACUGGUUGCCCAGCUGAAACAUGGCACGGCCUCCUAUGAUUCAUACAAUGAAGACAUGUACAGGUCCUUGUUAGAAAGCUACCAUCAGCUGCAGCAGGAGAUGGCUUCGGUGGCUACUGAUUGGCAGGAGUGUGAGAAGAGGAUUGACGACUAUGUAGAUGAACAGCUGCUAUUUAAGGUGGAGGGUCAGAGUCUUACCAACCAAAGAACAGAGCCACACAAGUCCUUGAUUAGCAAAAACACUUUGAAGACUAAGCAGCGAAUGCUGAAGGAGGACUGGGAGUUCUUUAAGCAGAGAAGAUUUAUAGAAGAACAGAUACCUAACAGUAAGAAGUCUCCGUCUAUCGAAAACAACUUCACGGAGACGAUGAGGAUGCUCUCAUCUCGCCUCAAUAUUCCAGAUUGCCCCAACUGCAAUUACCGAAGAAGGUGCACGUGUGACGACUGUAGUCUCUCUCACAUCCUGACCUGUGGCAUCAUGGACUCUCCCAUCGCUGAGGACCUCCACAUCAAGCUGCCCCUGCAGGGGGAGCCCCCCCGCGACUACCUGGCAGAGGUGCACCCCCCCAGCCUCUCCUCCGGCAGCUCAGCAUCCGGCUCCAACUCCAGCUCUCCCAUCACCAUCCAGCAGCACCCGAGGCUCAUGCUCCCUGAAGGGGAUACCAACACUUUUAUCAGUGAUGAUGAUGAAGUGCCUCCAUUGUCCAAUAAGUUCACGGACAUCUACCCUAUGAGUGGUUAUGAGGAUAACAGUGUAGUGACCGCUGCUGUGAACGGCCUCCAUAAUGACCUCAACGGGGAAUGUGAAAACGCGGAACUAAAGGCAGGGUCUCCUCGCAUGACCAGCAGCAGCAGUUCAGAGGGUGACGAGGAGGAAGUCGAUGGUGAGGUUGGUGGAGAGCCCCGAGGGCAGCAGGAGGAACUUUCCUCAGGACAGACCAACAGUCCUCCACCCUCUUACAGCCACCAACAGGUAGAACAGGUCCAGCAUGCCUGUGAGUGCCACGUGUGCAACCAGGACCCCAGCUCCUCCGCCCUGGGCCCCGCCUCCUGCCUGCCCCCCAGCCGGCUCCACUCUGCACCCCCUCCCACUGUCGGACACCAGUUCUUCACAGACAGCAAGACACCCCCUGCCCACCCUGCCCUCCACCUGUACCCCCACAUCCACGGCCACAUGCCCCUUCACAACUUCUCCCGGCCCCUACUGCACCCGACACUCUACCCCCCCAGUCCUCCUCUCACACACAAGCCUCUACCCCCAAACCCUACAUCAAACCACUCAGCGGCCAAGCAGCCGGCCUUCAGCCCUUCGUUACCGGAUCACGUUUACCAGAACUGCUUUGGCGGUGCGGGUGGAGCAGGCGACUGGAACAGCUCGCUGCAGUGCCUCUCACUCAAGUUCGAGAACCUGUGGGAUGCUGCCGUGAUGAAGAGCUGGAAUCCAUCUGUGCUGCUCCCCGAGUCCCUGCCAGGUGACAUGCUUGGACCACCCCUCGCUGACGUUCCCCUCCCCCCAACAUCGUCUAUAGGCCCCCAAGGGGAACACCCCUCGCUGCCCACCCCUCUGCCCCCUUCUUGCUCCGCUUCCUCAUCUCUGUCAUCUUCCUCAUCGUCAUCCUCGUCGUCGUCAUGCUCCUCUUCCGAAGCCAAACAGCAGAAGAAGAGUGGCGCCAAGAAGAAGUGUCUCUACAAUUUCCAGGAUGCCUUCAUGGAGCCCAACCGAGUAGUGAUGGCCACCUCCGCCUCCACGUCCUCCGUGUCCUGCACCGCCACCACUGUGCAGUCAAGUAAUAACCCCCCCAUCCACCUAGCAUCUAAAAGACCCAACUCUUUAGACGAUGUAUUUCACAAUCUAGGUAAAGAGGACCAUAGACAACCCGCUCCAGCCCCCCCCAGAAGCUGCCCUGCAGGACUGACCUCCCUCCCUCCACUCUCGGGCCCCACCCUGCCCCCAGCCCCCACCACACACCUUCCCACAAUGGGCUCCCAGCCCUUUCCAAAGAUGGCUGCUCCAGCACCAGACUUCAUGGAGGCCCACCAGGGUUUGUGCCUGCCGCCCGCCGAGCCUCCGACCUCCUCAGCAGACGGUCCUGUGAGUGCCCCCCCCAGCGUCUGCAGUGAUCCUGACUGUGAAGGCCACCGCUGUGAGGGGAACGGGGCGUACGAGCACCAGCCGUACGACGGGGAGGAGAGUCAGGACGAGGACAGCUGCUCCGAGCAUAGCUCCUCCACCUCCACCUCCACCAACCAGAAGGAAGGAAAGUACUGUGACUGCUGCUACUGCGAGUUCUUUGGGCACGGCGGGCCCCCAGCUGCUCCUACCAGUCGAAACUAUGCAGAGAUGCGGGAGAAGCUGCGUUUGCGUCUGACAAAACGUAAGGAGGAGCAGCCCAAACGUGAGGAGCAGCAACCAGUGAUAGAGCGAGAUGGAGGAGUGGAGGACCACAGGCGGGUGGAGGACCUAUUGCAGUUCAUCAAUAGUGCCGACAAUAAACCUGCCUCCAGUUCUAAGGCAGCCAAACGGGCCAGGCAUAAACAGAAGAAGAUGGAGGAGAAGGCUCGCCUGGAGGCAGAGGCCCGUGAAAGGGAGGAGCUGCAGAUGUUGGAAGAGCAGCAGCGGCGACAGCGGCAGGACGAGGAGGAGGCAGCGCUUCAAAAGGAACUGCUCCGACUGCAAGAGAUGCAGCACCAUCGCGCCGCCAAGAAGAAAAAGAAAGAGAAGGCAAAGGAAAACACUGCUCCCCCUCAAAACAACCCACAGCCCCUCAAACAGACAGCUCAGAACGUCCUGGAUAACCUUCAGAACGGAAAGUCACAGUCACUGCUUCAAAGCCUCAUCCGCCUCCCUGACCAGAAGGAGCCCAGGUUUGAACCCGUACCCCGGCCCCACACGCAGCACAGCCCCAAACACACGAGUGAGAGGGGGACCAGCAUCCCCAACUGUCAAGCCCUCCUCCACAUUGGCCCGCCGUCAUCUCACCUCGAGGUCCACGGGAAAGUGAAGGCCAGGCAGACUGCUAAGGUGGCCCCUUGUGAGGCUGCUGUAAAGAAAGCUCCAGAGCUACCCAAAAGCUCCGAUGUGGCAGCAAAGCUAGCUAACGGCACCGCCCCCACCCCCACCACUACAUCAGACACCAAAGCGACGCGGAUCCGGCCUGCUGAGGCUCUGGCUCCUCUCCCAAACACUGAACCAAGGAGGGAGGACAGGUGUAAUAUCAGAAGCAACAUUGGGAAAAGGCAGCAGCAGCAGAUGCAGCAACAACAACAACAGCUGACCCAAAUAAAGGAAGACCGGAGAAGUCCAGCUGUGUCCAACCCUUCCCCGUCUCCCCCUCCAGCCUCGGAGCAGCAGAACGGCAAACCUCCCAGUGCAGAGUCCCCUCAGCCCAAAGGCAAGAACAAGAAGAACAAGAAGAAGAAGGGGGACAAGAACCCCUCAAUAGAUGAUGUAUUCUUGCCCAAAGACAUCGACUUGGAUAGCACUGAACUGGAUGAAACAGAGAGAGAGGUGGAAUAUUUCAAAAGGUUUUGCUUGGAUUCUGCCCAGCAGCCCCGCCAACGGCUCUCCAUCAACUGGUCAAACUUUAGUUUGAAGAAAGCUACAUUUGCUGCACACUGAGGCUGUUAGUGGGUGACUAUCAGGACACAAUCAGUACCUUAACAGCUGUACCAACCCACACGUUCCCCCCCGCUCAUCCCUUUACCUCCACUCAGCUGUUAUCCUCCCUGAACUUCUCUCCCGCUGUGCCCGAAUCACACCCACGCUGCCUUGCUUUGUUCCUGUCGCUGUGUGGUUCCUACACAGACCCAUCCGGACUGAUCCACCUGCAGAACUGAUACAAAAAUUAAAGUAAAUGACACAAAAAGAAUCACAAAAUGCUACUUUGCAUCUGAUUAAUUUUCCUUGCGUGCUUGUGUGCUUUAAGUCUGAGUUGGGCAUUUCUCUUGACUGAAAAAGCCAUGGUCUGAAAUAUUUUUUUUUUCUUAUAUUGGCUUACCUGUAGUCAAAAAAUGCUUACUAUGUCUGGAUGGUUUCCUUCCAAAAAAAAGAGACAAUGGAAACUACAAAAAAAGAGAAAUGUAAUUAAUUAAAAGCUGUAUUUGAGAUAUAUUGUGGCUUACUAUCCCAUCGUUUCCCGCUCCUAGCACGGCAUCUCAUCCACAUGAUUGACAAGGGAAUGGGCUUGGUCAGCUGGUCUCCACUCCCUUACCCCCCCCCCCCCCCCUCCACCACCUCCACCCUAUUUCACAUUAGGGAGGAAAACGUAAUACUUGACAAUGUUCUUUUUUGGUUUUUAAGUUCUGUUUAACAAACUGUUGAGUAAAAGUGUAACAGUUACAGUUUUUGUUUUCUUUAUUUUUGAUCUGUAGCCAGCUUGUAUCAGAAUACUUUCAGAAUGAAAAUGAAAAAGAACAAUACUCACACUAUCAAUCUGUUAUGGAGUGUAUAUUGUAUUAACACUGAAGCCAAACUGGCUACUUUUAACAUAUUGUUAAGUAAUAUUAAAUCUUGUCUUUCUUUUUUGAAAGAUGGAAUACAGUAGUAUGGCAGGAU